GGCCCUACGGGCAACCCCCGCCCGGGGGACCCUACGGAGGGGGCAGUGCCCCCGGGGGUCCCUAUGGUAGCCCCUACGGUGGUCCCCAGCCCGGGCCCUAUGGAGGGAAUGUGCCCCCAGGUGUGGACCCCGAGGCUUUCUCCUGGUUCCAGACAGUGGAUGUUGAUCACAGUGGAUACAUCUCCGUGAAGGAGCUGAAGCAGGCGCUGGUCAACAACAACUGGUCGUCGUUCAACGAUGAGACCUGUCUGCUGAUGAUCAACAUGUUCGACAAGACGCGGUCGGGGCGCAUCGACGUGUACGGAUUCUCAGAGCUGCUCCGCUUCAUCCAGCAGUGGAAAAACCUCUUCCAGCAGUAUGACAGGGACCAGUCAGGCUCCAUCAGCUUCAACGAGCUCCAGCAAGCUUUCUCCCAGAUGGGCUACAGCCUGAGCCCUCAGUUCAGCCAACUGCUGAUGGCUCGUUAUGCCCAGAGAUCCUCCAAUCCCAGUAUCCAGCUGGACAGGUUCAUCCACAUCUGCAUGCAGCUGCAGAGCACCACCGACGCCUUCCGCGAGAAGGACACGGCCUUGGUGGGCAACGUGCGGCUCAGCUACGAGGACUUCCUCACCAUGGUGGUGACUCGGAUGCUCUGA